AUGUCUGCAUCAGCAAUAUUGAUUAAGAAAGAAGCUUUGGGAAAGCAACAUGUUGUGGGAGGAAGCCAAGGAUGGGAUGAAUCUACAGAUUUCAAUUCAUGGGUAUCUUCUCAGACAUUCAAGGUUGGGGAUGAACUAGUGUUCAAAUACACUCCGGGACUGCACAGCGUUGUCGAACUCGGCAGUGAAAGUUCAUACAAAAGCUGUGAUAUAUCGAGUGCAUUAAAUUCAUUGAACGGAGGUAGCAAUACGGUCAAACUAAACAAACCUGGUCCACGCUACUUCGCCUGUGGUACACCAGGCCACUGCGGCCAGGGCAUGAAACUCAAAAUCACAACCGUCGCCGGAGAUGGUACCGCAAGUACUCCAUCAUCGCCAUCGUCGACUACGUCUUCGACUUCCGCUGCCGUCUGUAUUAAUUACGAGUCUUUCGGACUUUUCGCGUUGGUUGCUACAUUGCUAGUGAUUCAUAUGAUUUUCAAUGCUUGA